GUCUUCAUUUUCAGUCCUCUUCUUUCAGUGCGAUUUGUGUCAACGCUGGGGGAGCGGGUCUAUUCUCUUGAUUUCACAGACACAUACAUUUCACCUUGCCUGUUUCAGUGGUUUGCUGCGGUUUAAAUGAGCAAUUUUUCAAUUCGUGGUCGAGGCGGACGCGGUCGCGGUGGUGGUGGUCGCGGCGGGUUCAAUAAUGGCCAUGGCGGGUUCAGCAACAACAACCCUGGCAUGUUCACGAUGAAUAACGGAGGUGGCAAUGGAAACCCAGCCUUCGGGUCGCAUGGCGGCAACUUUGGUGGGCAGCCCGAUGGACCUGUGCAGGUGUCAAUGAAGGGCUGGCAGGGCGGCACACAGGACUCGCUGUACAAGUUUCUGGACCGCAAGCUGUCGACUCCGGCGCAGAUCAUGGACUCACACAUCCAGAACGACAUCAUGUACAUUACAGUGCCGAACCAGGCUAUUGCACAGAGCCUGCUGAAGUUGAGCGGGAUCCGGUUUGCAGGCAACAAGCUGACGCUGCAGAUACCAAAGAACCCGGUCAAAUUCGGAACAAUGGAGUGCAGGAGCAGCUCGGACAUCAAGGACAAGCUUGUUGCGCUGCUGCAGACACGCGUUGACAGGCAGGGUGUGGCACUGGAUCUGUCGAAUCUGGCGUCCGACCCGAUUAUUAUAUCGAUGGGUGCCGAUCCGCUGCACUCGGGCAAGAUAUAUGUGGCGAUCUUAACCGUUGCUUCGCAGAUGUUCCCAAACAUCAUCACAAUGAACCUGGCCAGCAACGGGCUACACUCACUCAAGCCAGUGGCGGAUCUCGGAUUCAAGUUCCCGAAGCUGCGGAACCUGUCGUUGGCCAACAAUGCGCUAUCUAACUUCCGCGAGCUGGACUGCCUGUCAACCAAGGGCUCGACAGAUCCACUGCAGGAGCUCGUGGAGCUCAUCCUGGACGGAAAUCCGAUGCGUGAACAGGAGCUGUCGCGGGUACCCGACGGAUCAACGUACAUUAACCAGGUCCACGAGCGGUUCCCGACGGUCAGCAUGCUGGAUAUGAACGCGGUGACGCCUGUGGCCCAGCCUGGAUCGGCUUCCAGAAACGGUGGCAGCAAUGCUGUAGCCAAGAACAAACAGCUGCCAUUCCCUACAAAGCCGUCGUUUGUGGAAAACAGCGAGAUCGAGCAGCUAGCGAACGGCUUCAUUGCCGGCUUCAUUGGGCUGUAUGAUGGCAGCCGCGCGGACCUUGGCAACAUCUACGACGCCAACGCGCAAUUCUCAUUGAUGGUCGACACGACGCACCCGUCCAGCGUUUCAGCACAGAACGACCCGCGCAGCCAGAAGCGUGUGGAGCUGUCGUCGUACCUGAGCAUUAGCCGGAACAUGGAGCGGACACUGCUGAAGCUGCCAGCCACGCGGCACCCGAUGCAGGACGCGCAAAAGUUCAGCUUUGAGGCAUGGCAGACCGAGGUCCCGAGCUCUACUGGAUCGCAGGCAGCGAUCAUUGUCAACUUGCACGGCGAGUUUGAUGAGCCGGCGGCGACGAACACACUUUCAUUUGACCGCGUGUUUGUACUGAUUCCGGCGGUUCCGGGGUCGCCAGCUGCGAUGGCUGGGUGGCCGUGUGCGAUUCUGCACGAUCAGCUCACAGUGCGGCGCUACAACGGAUUCGAGAACUGGCAGUCUGGCGCUGACCAGGCCACUUCAGCGGCAGCAGCGGCUCCGGCUGCUGGUGGAGGUGUGGACCAGUUCGGUGGCCUGGCAGGCGAGCAGCUGGCUAUGGCACAGGCGCUGCAGACGCAGACCAAGAUGAACGCGGAGUGGACUGUCAAGUGCCUGACCGAGAGCGGCUGGAACUACCAGCAGGCGCUGGCAACAUUUGAGCAAGCGCGCGCCCAGCUGCCCCCCGCUGCUUUUCAAUAGGGCAGCAUUUGCAAGUCGCUUUCUUUUUACAUUUUUUGGUUGUCACUUCAAACAUGUAUCCGACAAAUUU